AUGAUGAAGUCCUUUCUCCCCGCGGACGGUAACCAGGCAGCGCGGGCAGCUGUCCUGGCAUCCAGCACCGUCUCACUCUUCACGUUUGGCGAGUUCUUGACCGGAGUUCCCUGGGCCAAAGUCAGUGACCGGAUAGGACGGAAGAGGACGCUGAUGAUAGGAGUCGUCUGCGGUGCCGCUUCAGCUCUGGCGUUUGGCCUGUCAAAGAGCCUGGGAGUUGCUCUGGUAGCUCGAGCAUUUGGCGGCUUGACAAAUCCAAAUGUUGGAGUCGUUUCAUCCUGCGUUGGAGAAUUGGUCAGGGACAAGAAGGAUCAAGGGCCAGUCAUUGGUGGCUGGCUGGCUGAGCCCACAAAGACAAUACCGUCAGUCUUCCCUGAAGGAAGCAUAUGGGAGAAAUUCCCCUAUCUGUUACCAAAUUUGGUCGUGGCAUUGUCCAUGGCAACCAGUGGACUGUUGGGGUUUUUCUUCCUUGAAGAAACACAUCCUCAUCUCGAGAAUAGCCGCAAUGUAGGAUUGGAGAUGUCCCAAUGGCUCUACCAAAAGACAAUGAAGUUGUUUGGCUACAUCGAUACCCAAAAAUAUGCCGUGUUAUCUUCUAAUGGAGACGACGAUAUCCCACUCCACUGCACGGAAGAUGUCGAGUCCGCAGCUGUAGAGGAGAACGAUUCCAAGGAUUCAGAUAAAGACACAAUUAUGCCAGUCAAGUCAUCUACAAAAUCUGCAUAUUCAGGACAAGUCAUUCUUCAAAUUCUAGCUGCGUCUAUAUUAGGCUUUCAUAAAGUGGCUUCGGACGUGAUUAUCCCUAUUUUUCUAGCUCAGGAUAAAAAACCGGUGCCUGAUGAGAAAGAUUCCAACUUUUUAUACUUCAUAACUGGCUUUGGAAUGAGCUCUCCAAUGAUCAGCAACGUUCUCCUAUCUCAGGCUGUGAUAGCCAUCCUGGCUCAGAUUUUUAUUGUGCCCAAAUUGAUUGCUCGCCUAGGACCUUUGAAGGUCUUUCGCUGGGCUGUGUUUGCUUUUCCAUGCUUGUACUGCCUAACGCCAUUCACCUCUCAAGUCAUCCACCCACUAUCGACAAUAUUGAUUUUGAUAGAUCUUUGGGUCAAAGCAAUUCUGGUAAACCUGGGCUAUACGGCUUCCAGCAUUCUGUGCGUGAAGAUACAAUCUAGCAAAGAGAGCAAAUAUCCGAUAUUGAUGUCCACUAACAUUAUAUAG